GUUGAAACAAUGGUCGCAUACAGUUGGUUAUUUGUUCCAUUGAUAUUUUCAUUCAGUACCAUAUUACUUAUAGGAGGAAUCGAAAAUUCUGAAAUAUAUAUCGAAUUGGUGGAGAGUAGAGGAUAUCCCAUCGAAACACACGAAGUAGAAACCGAAGAUGGAUACCUCCUGAACGUAUACCGAAUCCCAUACGGCAAAAAUUCGGUUGGCAAUGGGACCCCAAACCGAUAUCCAGUUUUGAUGCAGCAUGGGCUGUUCGGAUGUGGAGAGAAUUUCAUCUGGCUGAAUCAGUCGAUUGGGUAUAUGUUAGCCGACCAUGGUUAUGACGUAUGGGUAAUGAACGUACGCGGGUCUUGGCAUUCGGUCAAGCACAAAACUCUGGAUCCCGACAAAGAUGAUGCCUACUGGAGAUUCACUUGGCAUGAAAUGGGGAUCUAUGACAUACCCGCUACUAUAGAUUAUAUUCUGAAAAACACAGGUGCCCAAAAUAUAUCCUUCAUCGGACAUUCGCAAGGAACAACCACUAUAUUCGUCAUGGGCGCUGUUAGACCAGAAUAUAACGAAAAAAUAAAUGGAUUGGUCGCUAUGGGCCCCAUGUCUGUCAUACUCAAUCCCGAAGAAAUAUUCAUUAGGCUAGUAGCACCACAUUACAAACUGUUCAAGGCUAUUGGAAAAGUCCUAGAUAUCCAGAAGUUUCCGCCAUUCCUUAGCAAUCGGCAAAUGCAUGCCAUGAAUCGAUUCCUCUGCGGGUUAAAGUUCAGCCCUAGAUGGCUUUGUACAUUUUUGGUAUCCAUAUUGGUUGGACCAAACGAUGACCAAUUUGAUCCGCGAAUUUUCCCGAUAACAGCACCUUUAACACCUUCAUCGAGUUCCUUCCAUCAGCUGAUACAUUAUGGACAAAACAUGAUGGAUAAAAAAUUCACAACAUUUGACUGGGGAAACGCCAAGGAGAAUCUACGACGAUAUGGUUCAGAAAAACCCGUUGAAUAUAAUGUGACGAAUAUCAGUUUCAAAGUUGCUUUAUAUGUAGCACCAAAUGAUGUAUUCGUAUCUAAUCAGACUGUGCAGUUUCUAGAGGACACUCUACCCAACAUUUCGGAAGUAUACAGAGUACCCUACGAGACAUGGACCCAUGUGGAUUUUCUUUGGGGUAGAGAUCUCAAUAUUUACGUUCAUCACAAUCUGUUGAGAACACUAAACGGAUUCAUUCGGCAAUAAGACAUCCGAUGUAUUUUUUUGACAAAUAUAUGCAUUCCAC